GGCUCCAUCGUCGCCAACGCUUCCGGCCUGGUGGCCGUGAACACAAGCCUGACCCAGGGCCUGGCCACCAAAGCCAACCAAAGCGCUUUGGACGCCCUACAAGUCGAGGUCAACGGCAAGAGCACGCCCGCUUCGGUGGACCUCAAGCUGGCCAACCAUCCCACCACGGCUGCGAUGAACAGCAGCAUCGCUUCGGCGAACAACGCAACGCUGGCGACUGUUGCGACAACCUACGCUUUGAAAUCGGUGGUGGACCAGCUGGCCAUCGAUCUGGCGGCCAGGCAAACAGCCGCCGAUGUGGAUCAGCGAGUCGCCACCGCUCUUUUGGCCUACGUCCAGCAAGCGGCUCUCGACGCCGCAUUGGCGCUCAGAGACGGCCGGCUGGACGGCCACGACGCCGACAUCUUGGCGCUGCAGAGCGCGGGGCCCUUCGCCCUGCCCAGCGAGAUCACGGCCCUGCAGGCAUCCAUCGAUGCCAUCCUGGCGGAAAUCGCCACCCUUGGCGGGGCCACGAAUCUAGUCAAUGCUCCAGCCUGGGUCGGGGAGGUUACCUUCGACCUGCUGGCCGGCACCAAUCAGAUCCGCAACUUGCACGCCGCGGGUCCCCUGAGCGUUGCACUGGCCAACGACAACUGGACCCUCAGCUUCGCCUGCGACAGUUACAGCCGCAGGGAGACGGACGCCUUGCUGGCGCCGCUGGCCAGCGAGGCCUGGGUCAGCAACGAGAUCCUGGCCGCGUUGGCCGCCUACAGCACGACGGCCCAGGUGGGCACGGCGAUCUCCGAUGUUCUGGGAGCCUACAGCAGCACCUCGGAGAUGAACACGGCCAUCGCCGAUGCCGUCGACGCCCUGAACGUCGGCCAGUACCAGGACGCCUCGGGAUUGCAGUUCCUGAUCGACCAGGCCCUGCUGGCCUACUGGACCCAGGCGGAGGUGUCGAGCUUCGUGGUGGGCGAGCUGGCCAACUACCAGACCAGCAGCCAGGGUCGCUCGGCCAUCUCCGCGGCCCUCAGCUCCUACGACGACUCAAGCCAGGUGGACUCGAAGAUCAUCACGGCCCUGCUGCUGGACUUCUACACGCGAGCCGAAACCGACCAGGCCAUCGCCGACGCCGUGACCGGCGGCGUGGACCUGUCGCCCUACUUCACCUCCGCCGAGACCCAGACCUACGUGGCCAACGAGCUCCUCUCGUAUUAUCCCAGGACCGAGCUGGACUCCCUGCUCACGGCCACGCUGACCCAGUACUGGACGUCGGGGCGCACCCAAACGGAGAUCGACGACGCCGCCGGCUUGCUGGACCAGACCGCGGGAGACGCCCGCUACUUCGUGAGAGCUCCCGGCGCGGAAUCGGGGCAGGUGUUCAAUCUCGUGCAGGAGCAGUUCACGCCCAGGAUCAUCCGCAAUUUGCUUUUGGAGGCGCCGCUGGUCGGCGACGCGAUUCUGGGCAACCAGUCCACCCUGCGCAUCCGGAGCGACUCAUGGUCCAAGGCCGAGGCGGACAGCCGCUUCCUGAGGACCAACGACCUCGGGCCCCUGGACGCCCGCUACUUCCCGGUGGCCCCCGGCGCCGAGGGAGGUGGUGUCUUCAACUCGACCCAAACGCAAUUCACGCCGAACAUCAUCCGGAACCUCCUGUGCCAAACCCCCCUCUCCGCCCAGCCCAUCCUGGGCAACGGCAGCACCCUCCAGAUCUCCUGCGACUGCUGGUCCAAGGGCCAAAUCAACACCCGCUACCCCCUCAUCGCCAACUUCAACUCCCUGCACCAGCGG